CAAAGUGAAGUAAAAGCUAUUUUACUUGUCGAAAAAUGCUCUGUGAUAAAUUGUUAUUCUAUAAUUCAAGUUUGAUGUUGCAGCUUUCGGAAUAAGGUUUAGCUCAUGGAAUUGCAGCUGUCAUUUGGACUCCUAUAUAUUUUUGUUAAUUCAACUGAAACAAAAGCUAGAUUUGCGAUGAAUUUUGUUGACACGCUGCGAGAUUUCCAAGUUCUAGGCAGCAAGGACCAAGUGAAAUGCGCAUUGGGCGCCCGAGUGUUUUUGGACUUGCAAUGUGAUAGGCGGAUAACGAAUUUGGAAAAAUGCUACGAUUCUGAAUUGAACUUGGUUUAUUUACAAGGGCAACGUGACGACGCUUUUAUAGCAUUUAUUCCUCUGCUGUCAAGUCAACCGUUAAACCUACUCGAUAUUGAAAAUAUUCAGAAAUGUCUGACAAAAUGUGCUUACAUUACACUUGCCGUUUGCGAUACAUCAUCAAAUAUUUUGUAUUACCAAAUAUCUUUGGGGAUAAUCAAAAAAUAGAAUAACACACAUCCACGUACAGUUGUGCAAAAUAAUAAGAAAACCGUUAACGGUAACGUCUUGCCAACAUUGAAUGUAUGCAGGCCUGUAGAAGAAAAGCGGACCCCGGAGAUGAUUGUAACGAAUUUUUAUUGAAAAAUCUGAAGAAAGAAGAACUCCUAGCCCGGGAGGAACUCUUCCUGAUAUGCUUAUUUAUAAAUAAAACGCGCAUUACUUUUGGUGUUAAAAUGAAUCACUUCUUUUAGAUUUAUUAAUACGCAAUAACUAUAUAGUAUAUGAAAAUUUGAUUUGCUUUUUUCACAAUUUAAAUGAAGCAUUUGUAAUGUUUAUAACUUCACAAUCAUUUAUUUAUUAAUUCUUUUGUUGUUAUGAUAUUUUUUAAUUAAUACUUUUAUGAUCUUAGUGUAAAAAUAUGUUUUAUUAUUAUUUUUUAUAUAUGUAUAUAUGUAUUUCUAUAUAUAGGGUCUGACCUUGCAAAAUAUUAAUGGCUUUAUUGGAGUUACUGUUCUUACUAAAUAUGAAUUUGAAAUUUA